GUUGCUGUGGACGAUGCGAAAAUGAGACCAUCUGAAGACGUGCUAAGUAGUUUUUACGACUUGGCCGAUUUGGACGCCAAUAAGCGUUACAGUGCCGUGAUAAAGAUCGUUGAGGCCGUAUGUUACAAUUCUUUCCUGUUUAACUUCUUGCUUAAGCUUACUGUUAAUUCGAACGCAUGCGAGUGUAAAAGCAAUGGUGAUUAUUGUAUGGAAAGGCUUAUUGGGGGAUUAGCAUCUCCCAGGGCUGCGGCACGACUUGGCUACACCACCGCACUUGUGCACACCUUAACAAAGUUCUCGGAUGAUUGGCCAGCGAAAUCUUUGUUCGAUUUGGCUGAGAGCAAACUUGAUAUUUCGAAAGUGGAGGGAUCAUCUCCUGCAGCCCUUGGUCGACAUUUAUUGUAUUCAGCCAUGAUUACUUCGCAAUGUUACGCUGAGGUUUGCGUUGAGUUAUUCGAGCGAGAAUUAGCCAUUUUUGAUAAGUAUCACUAUUUUGGAAUGGCAAUCGCUCAGUCGUUAGCUGGUUUAUCGAGGCAGUUAGAUGAAAAGACAUUUAUGAAGAAGAUUGUACCGUUGAUAAAGGGUCGGGUGUGUGUGGAGUGUGAUUCCUUCAUGUCUGAAUGGCUAUUAUUCAUACUUCUCAUACGGGACAAAUUCAAAGACGCCUUGAAACGUAACGUGAAAUUUUUCCGCAGUGAUGGCAAACUUUCGAUAGAAAAGCAAAAUUACGAGGACUUCGUUAACAUCUUAAAGCGGACAGAGGGUUGCGCAGAGAACACUUUAGCCAGAGAAUUAUUAUCGGCUGCACGAGAUUCGGGUAUAUUUGAUGCGGUUUACACUGAUAUUGUUGAGAAGUGGUUAAUGAAUGGCGAUAUGUACAAGGUCUUUCAGCGUUGUUUCGGGUUUGUUGAUGAAUUGCUCUCAGAAGACAGCACUCUCAAACCAAAUGAGUUCGUUGUGAUAUUCUCGAGCAAUUUGAUCGCACAAUUUCGAUCGGUCAGGAAGUCUCGUGAAUAUCGAUUCUAUGCACAAAUUGUUGAAGCGAUUUUAGAGAAACUUGCGAAGUCUCUGUCAUCCGGUCAGUGGAAGCGAAGUGAAUUAAUUUCUCUUCUCAACACGAUCGAUUCAACUGAUGGAGGAAAUUUUGACGAAUGUUUUCAUGCAAAAUCACGAAUAACUGAAAAACUCAUCACGCAAUUAGAUGCGAAAGGUGUUGAGAUAGUUGUUGAUAAGGCAUUAAAUCAUGGCGGUUGGUACGUUAGGCGUGUUGCUGGUGUAUUCGGUCAAUGGCCAGAUGAUAUUAAAGAGAAAGUAUUGGUCAAAUUGGCGAAGCAUGAGACUCGUUCAGAAGAGGUUCAUACAACGCUAUGCAAAUGCAUCGAUUCGAUGUUCUCGAUAAACGUCCGUGCGGGUCGUAGUGUAAAAAUGGCGUUUAGUGAAGAGGAUGAAAAAUUAUUGAGAGAUUUGUUGAGUGCCAUUUGUGUGAAGAAGAUCAAAAUGCCGAAAUCUGAAAAUCGGUUCACGAUACAAUUGCCAGACGAUGAAAUGAUGGUUGGUGAGAAAGACGAACAAGAGGACGAAGACGAUGAGGGUAUGCAGGUUGAUGACGAAGAUCAGCAAAAUGGUAUCGUAUCUGAGCGAGUUUAUUUUCGAUAUCAAAUCGCAACAUUAGAUGAUGGCCAGAACGAAGAGCACGAUGAUACAGAGGACAGCGAAGCGAAGGAGUCAGGAAGCGAUACGGAUAUAUCAGAAGAUGAAGACAUUGAAGAUGAACAAGAAGAAGUAGACGAGGAAUUCAAGAAUAAGUUGAAGGCUGCAUUAGGUGAUGCUGCCGUACCGUCGGAUGUCGAUGAAGAUGAUGACGAUAAGGUGAGUAUUGAUUCGACGGUGAGUGACGAGACGAUGUUCCGGUUGGAUGAAGGAUUAGCGGCUGUGUUUCGAGAACGAAUGAAAGGUGCUCGCAAGGCGAGCGCCUCAACUCUCGAGCAAAUACAUCAGUUUCGAAUGAAAUGCUUCGACCUUUUGCUCAUCGUCGUAUCACAUGAAAACAGCGCACAGUUCACUUCGCAGUUCAUAAUACCCUUGUUGCAAAUCACACGUGAAUCUCUUCAAAGGAAAAACGGUGAUGUGAUGUUCAACAGAGCGUCCAAUCUCAUCGAAAUUAUUGUCAAAUAUAAAAAAGGUGAUGUAAGUGAGAAGAAAGGAGCAAAAUUGUUGAAGAAAAUGGUUGCGGUAUCAUCGCAAAUUGUCAAUCCAGUUCUGAAAAUUAAACUGUUAUUCUUGGAAAGCAUUUCGUGA